AUUAGCGAGCGUCUUCUAGUCACAGUUUACCGGUUGCCUUCUGACCGAUCAAUUGCAUUUAAUAUACAUACGAGUGGAUAUUACCAAAAUAGUGCCAAAGAAAAUUUAAAAAUAUUAAAUAAAGUUUACUUCAUCUUUUUUCUUCUGCGAUAAAGCCCAGGCCGUGUUAAGGAUAUUAUAACUUGUUGUAUGGAUUAUUAAUAAUAACAACAACAACAACAACAACAACAACAACAACAGUAAACAAAAAGCAAAUAAUAAUAAUUCAGUUAACUGUGCAACUGCGAAAUAUAAUUUAUUCAAUAUGUGGAAAUUUAUGUGUUUAUUUGCUCUAAUGGCAACAGCCGAUGCCACACAAACAUCUGAGGAUGAUAGUUUAUUGAGCAGCGCUCUGAAAAUGGUUAAAGACUGCGGUGAUAAAUCAAUGGUAUUAUGUUUCAAGGAACGUGCUCUGCAUUAUUUUGACACUGAAAAUGAUGACAUAAAUCUAACGGAAGGCAUUUCGCUUGUGAAAACAGACGAGAUACCAGUUGGUCGCUCCCUUAACGAUGUUAACCUUCCUGAGGAGGCCGAAGCACGCGAAAACGAAAUUGAUACAUUGUUGGUUGAACGUAUUGCACGUUUCUUUGGUACACAUACUCUGCAGUUCAAAGUGCCCAAAGAAUCGAUACAAGAUAUGCAACGUGCUUUGGAAGAAUCUCGCGGCAAGAAGAAAGAAAAGAAAAAAUAUUUGUUGCCUUUAUUGCUGCUCUUCAAAUUGAAAUUGGCUGCUCUGCUGCCUUUGGCCAUAGGGUUCUUGGCUCUAUUAUCGUUUAAGGCGCUUGUGGUUGGCAAAAUCGCUCUACUGCUGGCCAGUAUUAUUGGUUUGAAAAAACUAUUUGAAUCGAAGAAGGAGAACUACGAAGUCGUCGCUCAUCCGCACUAUUCGCAUGAGGAUCACAGUUAUGCGCGCGCUUUACGUGAAGCCCACGAUCUCGCCUAUAACGCGUACAAACGAUAGAUUGCCAACGGAAUGCCGAGCUGAAGUGAAUUGAGUUUCGCAAGUAUUCAAUGCAUAGAAAUUAAGAGCCUCUGCGAGUGCAAUACUUUUCCGCUAAAUUAAUUCUUCAUCUAUUUAUUUAUUUAUUUAUUUAUUUAGUUUAAUUUUUAGUGAAAAACAUCUACGCAUUUAAAAAAAAAA